CAGCAGCCGCCGCCGCCACCUCUCCCUUCCUCUCUGCUCUUUCCUCCUCCUGUUUUCUUUUCCCUCCUCCCCCUCGCCUCCUUGUCUCCUCCUCCUCCGGCGCUGACGCUCGCGUAGGGCCCUGGCGUCAGACGCGCGGGGGCGGGGCGAGUGCGGCGGGGGGUAUAAGUAGAGGGUGCAGGAGGCGGUGCUUCCCCUUCUCCCCGGCGGUUAGUGCUGAGAGUGCGGAGUGUGUGCUCCGGGCUCGGAACACACAUUUAUUAUUAAAAAAACCCAAAAAAAAUCUAAAAAAAUCUUUUAAAAAACCCAAAAAAAAUUAACAAAAAAUCCGCGUCUCCCCCGCCGGAGACUUUUAUUUUUUUUUCUUCCUCUUUUAUAAAAUAACCCGGUGAAGCAGCCGAGACCGACCCGCCCGCCCGCCCGCGGCCCCGCAGCAGCUCCAAGAAGGAACCAAGAGACCGAGGCCUUCCCGCUGCCUGGACCCGACACCGCCACCCUCGCUCCUCAGCCGGCAGCCAGCAGCCAGCAGCCAGCGGCAGCCGAUCGACCCCGUUCUGCGGCCGUCGCGGCCUGUGGCCCUGCGGGCAGCCGUGCCGAGAUGAACCCCAGCGCCCCCAGCUACCCCAUGGCCUCGCUCUACGUGGGGGACCUACACCCCGACGUGACCGAGGCGAUGCUCUACGAGAAGUUCAGCCCGGCCGGGCCCAUCCUCUCCAUCCGGGUCUGCAGGGACAUGAUCACCCGCCGCUCCUUGGGCUACGCGUAUGUGAACUUCCAGCAGCCGGCGGACGCGGAGCGUGCUUUGGACACCAUGAAUUUUGAUGUUAUAAAGGGCAAGCCAGUACGCAUCAUGUGGUCUCAGCGUGAUCCAUCACUUCGCAAAAGUGGAGUGGGCAACAUAUUCAUUAAAAAUUUGGACAAAUCCAUUGAUAAUAAAGCACUGUAUGAUACAUUUUCUGCUUUUGGUAACAUCCUUUCAUGUAAGGUGGUUUGUGAUGAAAAUGGUUCCAAAGGUUAUGGAUUUGUACAUUUUGAGACACAGGAAGCAGCUGAAAGAGCUAUUGAAAAAAUGAAUGGGAUGCUUCUAAAUGAUCGCAAAGUAUUUGUUGGACGAUUUAAGUCUCGUAAAGAACGAGAAGCAGAACUCGGAGCUAGGGCAAAAGAGUUCACCAAUGUUUACAUCAAGAAUUUUGGAGAAGAUAUGGAUGAUGAGCGCCUUAAGGAUCUCUUUGGCAAGUUUGGACCUGCCUUAAGUGUGAAAGUAAUGACUGAUGAAAGUGGAAAAUCCAAAGGUUUUGGAUUUGUAAGCUUCGAAAGGCAUGAAGAUGCACAGAAAGCUGUGGAUGAGAUGAACGGGAAGGAGCUCAAUGGAAAACAAAUUUACGUUGGUCGAGCUCAGAAAAAAGUGGAACGGCAGACGGAACUUAAGCGCAAAUUUGAACAGAUGAAGCAAGAUAGGAUCACCAGAUACCAGGGUGUUAACCUUUAUGUGAAAAAUCUUGAUGAUGGUAUUGAUGAUGAACGUCUCCGGAAAGAGUUUUCUCCUUUUGGUACAAUCACUAGUGCAAAGGUCAUGAUGGAGGGUGGUCGCAGCAAAGGGUUUGGUUUUGUAUGUUUCUCCUCCCCAGAAGAAGCCACAAAAGCAGUUACAGAAAUGAAUGGUAGAAUUGUGGCCACCAAGCCAUUGUAUGUAGCUUUAGCUCAGCGCAAAGAAGAGCGCCAGGCUCACCUCACUAACCAGUAUAUGCAGAGAAUGGCAAGUGUCCGAGCUGUGCCCAAUCCUGUAAUCAACCCCUACCAGCCAGCACCUCCUUCAGGUUACUUCAUGGCAGCUAUCCCACAGACUCAGAACCGUGCUGCGUACUACCCUCCUAGCCAGAUUGCUCAACUCAGACCAAGUCCUCGCUGGACUGCUCAGGGUGCCAGACCUCAUCCAUUCCAAAAUAUGCCCGGUGCUAUCCGCCCAGCCGCUCCUAGACCACCAUUUAGUACUAUGAGACCAGCUUCUUCACAGGUUCCACGAGUCAUGUCCACACAGCGUGUUGCUAACACGUCAACACAGACGAUGGGUCCACGUCCUGCAGCUGCUGCCGCUGCAGCCACUCCUGCGGUCCGCACCGUUCCACAGUAUAAGUACGCCGCCGGGGUCCGCAAUCCGCAGCAGCAUCUGAAUGCACAGCCGCAAGUUACCAUGCAGCAGCCUGCUGUCCAUGUACAAGGUCAGGAGCCUUUGACUGCUUCCAUGUUGGCAUCUGCCCCUCCUCAAGAGCAAAAGCAAAUGUUGGGUGAGCGGCUCUUUCCUCUAAUUCAAGCCAUGCACCCUACUCUUGCUGGUAAAAUCACUGGCAUGUUGUUGGAGAUUGAUAAUUCAGAACUUCUUCAUAUGCUUGAGUCUCCAGAGUCUCUCCGUUCUAAAGUUGAUGAAGCUGUAGCCGUACUACAAGCCCACCAAGCGAAAGAGGCUGCCCAGAAAGCAGUUAAUAGUGCCACUGGUGUUCCAACUGUUUAAAAUUGAUCAGGGACCACGAAAAGAAACUCGUGCUUCACCGAAGAAAAAUAUCUAAACAUCGAAAAACUUAAACAUUAUGGAAAAAAAACAUUGCAAAAUAGAAAAUAAAUAAAAAAAGGAAAGGAAACUUUGAACCUUAUGUACCGAGCAAAUGCCAGGUCUAGCAAACAUAAUGCUAGUCCUAGAUUACUUAUUGAUUUAAAAACAACAAAAAAAAGAAAAAAACACAAAAAAAUAGUAAAAUAUAAAAACAAAUUAAUGUUUUAUAGACCCUGGGAAAAAGAAUUUUCAGCAAAGUACAAAAAUUUAAAGCAUUCCUUUCUUUAAUUUUGUAAUUCUUUACUGUGGAAUAGCUCAGAAUGUCACUUCUGUUUUAAAUAACAGAAUUGAUAACUGAGCAAGGAAACGUAAUUUGGAUUAUAAAAUUCUUGCUUUAAUAAAAAUUCCUUAAACAGUG